UUGGUGGCCGUGCCUGCUCCCUAAUGGUGUCUGUGUAAUCAAACGUCGCCAAGGCUUAUUACACUGUGUCCUCUGUUCCUCUGUUCAGAUGGCAGUUGUGAGUCUUAUCUGAAAUACAUCUCCCAGCAUGCAGUGGUGUAGGCUGCCUGAAAUCCGAAGAAAGCAGAGUCACCUGCUCAGACAGUCUGCAGGUCUAGUGGCAGAGGACACCUUUGACUUUCUGUUUAAGAUUGUCCUUAUUGGAGACUCCAAUGUGGGGAAGACCUGUGUCGUCCACCGGUUCAAGUCUGGCAUUUUUGCAGAGAAGCAGCAGAACACCAUUGGAGUGGACUUCACCGUGCGCACCCUGGAGAUCGAAGGGAAAAAAGUGAAGAUGCAAGUGUGGGACACAGCGGGUCAAGAGCGCUUUCGUACCAUUACCCAAAGCUAUUAUCGAAGUGCCCAUGGAGCCAUCAUUGCCUAUGAUAUCACUCAGCGUGCCACAUUUGACUCGGUGCCUCAUUGGAUCCAUGAAGUUGAGAAGUAUGGAGCUGCUAAUGUGGUCCUCAUUCUUAUUGGGAAUAAGUCAGAUCUGGCAACACAGAGAGCUGUAUUGUUUGAGGAUGCUUGCACAUUGGCUGAGCAGAAGGGACUUCUCGCUACUAUGGAGACGUCUGCCAAAGAAGCACAAAACAUAGAAGAAGCCUUCCUGCUCAUGGCACGGGAGCUGAUGGUUAGAAAUGGAUUACACUUUCAUGAUGAGGAUCCAAAUGUCAGCUUGCGCUUGGACUCCAGACCCAUCAAUGCUCCUACCAAUGAGAAGAGAAGCUGUGAUUGCUGACUGGCACCUUUCCCUAUUCCAAAUGAUAAAGGGGAUGGGGGUAAAACGCAAGAAGAUUGUUUCACAACUAAUGGAGAAUAAAGACAGUUAUUACUUGGUCUACUGGUUUGAUUUGAAACUUGUAAAGAGCACCAAGGAGUGUGUUUGUCAUUAGAACAGCUGGUUGUGGAAACAUUCCCAUGUUUGACCUAAGAAUACAGAGUUUAUUCAGCGCCAUAAAGAACUGACUAAAAAGACAGACUGGGUGUCUACUUGGACACAAAGCAUGGAACGUUAGACAAAUGUAUAGAAUCUGAACAAAUAGUUCACUGGGAUUUGGUUUAACAAGACAGGUCAACAACAUUUGCAAAGUACUGUGCCUCAUCUUUGUUAUACAUACAGUAAUUAUCAUUCUUCUUGUUCUGUGGAAAACUUUCUUUAACAACUGUUGCACUGUCCAUAACAAAUGGGGUCAUUACUGUACUGAUCAGGAUAAUAAGAACAUCAAUUUCUAAAAGUAUUGUUCAAGUGCAUUUUUAGGUGGCAAUGCGUUGCCCCUUUUGUUACUGUAGUAGUUUUCCUUUUUUCUGAUUUUAUUUUUAUUCUUUGACUGUCUCUAAACCAUACCUUCACAAUGAUAUAAAAACACCAAAGUGUGGAUUUUAGCAGAAAAAUAAAACACAUCAGGCUA